AUGCUGUUGCCGUCCCGUUUUUCCACAGCGGCCACGAAAACGAUCGCUUUCCGCUGCUUCAGCAUUGAUUUUUCGCACGAGAAACCGGCGCCGCACCAAUUGGAACACAUCACGACGCGGGUCGUUGAGACUGUAAUUGAGAAUUCUCUGAAAAAGAGGACACGAAGACAUUUUGAAGGUUCCGCUGAUGUUCCGCCAUCGGCUGGAUUACACGUUUUACCGGAAGGACGUUUUUUGCGACGAUCAGAUAUUCUCAGUGCAGAAGAAGGGAAUCGAACAGCUGAUGAGCCAUUUCGGAAUGAUCGGUACGCUCGGACAGGUGAAAAGAGCCGGAAGAAUUGGGAGAAAGAGCAGCACGUUCUGUUUCAGUUGUGUCUUCCGCACGUCGAGAUGGAAGUGCUGUCGGCGGUUCCGGUGAUUGACGAAGGAACGGUCCGAUGCCGGUGGAGGGUCAAAUACGUGUCAUUCGUCCGUCUCAUCACGAAUCCCCGCCUCUUCCGCUUCGAUUAUCGGCUCCAGAAUCUCAGUUGGUUUGACGGAUAUUCAGUUUUAACGGUCGAUGGAAAUGGAAAUGUGUACAAGGUCACACUUCAGAAGGUAUUUGAACGGGAAUCGUCUGAGAAACACUUGAAACUGUUAAGACUCAGCAAGACAAGCAACGAGGUCUUCUGGCGUCGUCGACCGAGAAACUGACGGAGAAGCUGGCUCCAAGUGCUCCCGUCUAACCCUCUCCUUGUUUUUCUUCGUUUAGGUCCCUAAUUAGUCUCUUCAAACGCAUCAAAACUAACCCGAUAGAUCUCGGUUCCCCGUUACGAUUGUAGUCUUUUCAUUCGAGCUGCCAGAACAAAAAAUCCUCUUCGGUAAUGUAUUUAGGGGUGCUUUGUCGUCCCUCUUCUCUGUUUUUGUAUAAUGUUUCGUUCCGUUUUUUUUCAGAAUAUAUCUAUAUGUGUGAAUCAAUAAAAAAUUAGCAAUUUUAUCGCUUUCUCAUCAGUUUCAGAUAGAAACUUCUAUAGAAAGUCAACCACAUAUGCUCCUACGUCUUCUAACCGUCGGGUUCCCUACGAAGAGUCUGAAGACGAAGACGACGAGCAGAGACCCUCCGAGUUCGAGAAAGUCGAAGAGGACCAGGAAGUUGAAGUGAAAGAAAUAAUCUCGAUGCACUUCAACGGAGACGAUCAAGUGGAAGAAGUUAGCCACAACGACUUCCCCGACUUUUCAAAUGGAUCGAGUUCUGACAUCGAUGAUGAGAGCGAGAACUCGGAGUCAGAUGAAGUCGAAGAGACAGAAGACGACAAACCGGAGGAGCCUGAAUAA